AUGGCCACCUUUCAACCAGUGCAUUUUGUGCCGAAAAAUCGCCAGGUCGAAAUUUUGGCGUUGACAGUGAGACAGAUCAUUGCUGUGCCGCAUAGUCAAAAUGCGGGAACAAACCAUUGGUGUCUCUACCUUGUAGUAUCUCCUGGGAAAUCCGUUCAAAUUGAUUGCCAGCCAAGCUACAGUGCCCCAAGCUCUGUUUUAAAAGGGGGUUCCAAAGCCAACUUCAUCAUUUCAGAGUUGAUGUGUAAGGUGCCUAAUGAUGCCCAAGCGGAGUGCAUCAUCGAUAACAUUUCUGGCCUUUCAGUCUCGCAAAUUUACGAUCUGCUCAUCGAGAAUGGGCGUCACAAGUAUGAAUUUGAUGCAGAUGGAGUGGGAUGCAGAUACUGGAUUCUUGGUCAAAUCGAUCUUUUACAUCAAGUCCAAUUUGCCACAAACAUGAACCAAAUCACAGCAGCAAGAUCUGCCAUACAGAAAUUGUGGCCGGAGCAGACGCCUCUUGCUCUUGACCAAGGGGCCUAUUAUUUGUGA